AUGGCGCCGAUUGACGAGGCUCUUGAUUUUCUGAAAUCGUCGGAAUUAGUGAAUUAUGCCGAUACUGCACGGAAAUUCAACCAUAACGAGACUACUACGAUCGCCUCGCCCGUUGAGAAUGGAGACCUCGACAUAACGUCCGGCAUGCUCAGCAGUGACGACUAUGGUGGUGGCUCUGACCCCGGCUGCGGUCCCCCGCCGAAGCCCAAGCCGAAGAAGUGCAAGAAAAAGGGUGCUAGAUGCAACGCGAGAACCCCAGGCGGCAACAAAUGCUGCAAGGGACUUAAGUGUAUCUCAGGAAAGUGCGGCAAGCAGAAGCCGCCCGCACCUCCCUCACCCCCUGUCCCCGGCUACUAA